CUGCCGGCGCGCGGGCCCGCGCGGCUAGUCCAUGGCUGAGGGCCGGCGGCGGGAGGACGAGGACGACGAGCUGCGCGAGCGCCGCGAGCUCGGGGGCCCGCGCCGCGCCCGGGGCCGCGUGCUCUCCGGCCACUCGGCCGCAGAUCGAAACGAACGAAAUAAACCAGAGCAUCGUUCUUCAAGCCAAGGACCCUUGUCAUCAAUUAAAGCAGUAAUCAAGAGAUCUUCUCGGACUUCUAUUCAGAGUGAGCUUCAUCGGGAUAGGAGGCGCCCAGAGAUCACCAUUGUGGCAGCUGAGCCACUGAGGCCCACCUCGUGGUUUCCAGGAGCCCACCCCCCAGGACUGGCAUUUCCCCCGGCUUCUGCAGCAGGCCCUUGGAGGCCCAGUGAGCUGGUUCCUGCUGAGCUCCCACCAUCUUAUGAACAAGUCAUAAAAGAAAUCAACCAAGUUCAAGUUAACACUACAAAUAAUAAUAAUGCUGCUGCCACUCCACGGCACACUAUUACUUCAGCAACUCAGACUGACUUUUCAGAAGAAAUAGACAACCAUCUGCCUCAAACCCUGCAGGCACCUCUGAAACCCCUCCAGCCUUCCCCAGCCGUCUCAGCCAGGCACCCUCCAACAAACGAGGGGCCUCUAAUAGUCUUUGAUAUUUCUGAAGAACAGAAUUGUCCACAAAACUCCAGUGCUCCAAGAUGUCCAGUGCCAAAACCAAGAACAAAAAGCAACCUCAGACCAGUGGCCAGAGAUUCUCAUGUUAAAGAGCAGAAUUCCUGGAGCAGUCCGGUAGCCGCGCAGGAGGAGGCAGCCCCGAGUCGGCCCCUGCCUCUGUGGGAAGGUGCCAGCCGCCCCGAGGGCCAGGCCACAAUGAACACGAUGAGCACAGAGCAGGGCCGCAGCACUGUCAUUUCCAGGAUCAAAGCACUUGAGGGCCAGACAAGUACAGAAAGCUUGGGACUGCCCAAGAAGCCAGAAAUUGUGCCCCGCACAGUCCCGCCAAGACCUGCUGUUUCCUCAGGGAAACCCUCGGUGGCUCCCAAACCUGCAGCCAACAGAGCCUCUGGAGAAUGGGACUCCUGGACCGCAAGCAGACUCAGAGGGGGCCCCACCCCACACUCUCCGCCGAAGGAAGCAAGGAGCAGCCCUGUCACCAAACCCGAAUUGCCAAAGAAACCAAAUCCUGGCCUUAUCCGGAGCAUUAACCUUGAGAGUCUAGGCGGAGGGCCCACGGCUGAGAGCCCCAACGGUGGGAAGAAAGCCCCGACUCCCGCUCCUCGGCCUUUACUGCCCAAGAAAUCAGUGUCCUCAGAAAACGCGCCCUGCUCUGUGGCUUUGCUGAAGCCGGUCACUGUGCCUCCCCGACUCUCAGUGGCAUCACAAGCCAAAGCCUUCAGGUCACUGGGAGAGGGACCCCCAGCCAGCCCCCCGGUUCCUGCUCAGCAGAGCAAGCCUCCGGGGGACAUCGACCUCAUUAGCUUCGACGAUGAUGUUUUACCCGCACCGUCUGGGACCCUGGCUGAGGACUCUGUUGGUCCAGACAUGGUUCUGGAUCCCUUUCAGCUCCCCACCAGAACAGAACCAACAAAGGAACAAGCAGUUCAACCAGCACCCACCAGGAAGCCCACUGUGAUUCGAAUUCCAGCCAAACCAGGAAAAUGUUUACAUGAAGAGGAUCCACAAAGCCCACCUCCUCUCCCUACUGAAAAACCUAUUGGAAACACCUUCAGCACAGUAUCUGGAAAGCUUGGUAAUGUUGACAGAACUAGAAACUUGGAAUCUGACAUUGCUGGUCAAUCAGGAGGUUCUGGGCGAGGACCCCCAAGGUUGCCACCCAGGCCUGUAAAUGGAAAAGUCAUAUCAGCUCGACAGCCUCCUCCCAAGGGGGCCCCUGAGAGACCACCUCCCCCUAAACUUCCAGCAACCAGAACAUCAAAUAAAAAACUGCCUUUUAAUCGGUCUUCUUCUGACAUGGAUCUUCAGAAAAAACCAAGUAACUUGGCACCUGGACUCUCAAAAGCCAAGAGUCAAGUCUUUAAAAAUCAAGAUCCAGUACUGCCCCCGCGCCCCAAACCAGGACACCCUCUCUACAGGAAGUACAUGCUGUCUGUGCCUCAUGGAAUUGCCAAUGAAGAUGUCAUCCCGCAAAACCCUGGAGAACUUUCUUGUAAGCGUGGGGACGUCCUGGUGAUACUGAAGCAGGCAGAAGGUAAUUACUUGGAGUGCCGGAAGGGAGAUGAUGCCGGCAGAGUUCACCUGUCUCAGAUGAAGAUCAUCACGCCACUUGAUGAACAUCUUAGCAGCAGACCAAACGACCCAAGCUGCCCUCAGAAGCCUGUUGACAGUGGUGCCCCUCAUGCUAUCGUUCUUCAUGAUUUCCCAGCAGAGCAAGCUGAUGAUCUGAGCCUCACUUCUGGAGAGAUUGUUUAUCUUCUGGAAAAAAUAGACACAGAUUGGUACAGAGGGAAAUGUAGAAACCAGACUGGUGUAUUUCCGGCCAACUACGUCAAAGUGAUUAUUGAUGUUCCAGGAGGAAAUGGGAAACGGGAAUCCAUCUCAUCUCAUUGUGUUAAAGGCCCAAGGUGUGUUGCUCGAUUUGAGUAUAUUGGAGACCAGAAGGAUGAGUUAAGUUUCUCAGAGGGAGAAAUUAUUAUUCUUAAAGAGUAUGUGAAUGAUGAGUGGGCGAGAGGAGAACUUGGAGACAGAUCUGGAAUCUUCCCCCUUAACUUUGUGGAACUCAUUGAGGAUCAUCCCACUUCUGGUACAAAUGUUUUAAGCACAAAGGUACCACCAAAGACCAAAAAAGAAGAUUCUGGUGCAAAUUCUCAGGAGAACAAUCUUUGUGGAGAAUGGUGCGAAGCUCUGCACAGUUUCAUGGCAGAGACCAGUGAGGACUUAUCCUUCAAGAGGGGAGACCGGAUCCUGAUUCUGGAGCGAGUGGACUCCGACUGGUACAAGGGCAGACUGCGGGACCAAGAGGGCAUCUUCCCCGCCGUCUUCGUGCGGCCCUGCCCAGCUGAGGCAAAAGGCAUGGCUGCUUUAUCACUGAAGGGGAGGAAGGCCAAAGCCUUGUAUGAUUUCCAUGGGGAGAAUGAAGAUGAGCUUUCCUUCAAGGCUGGAGACGUAAUAACAGAGCUGGAAUCUGUCGAUGAUGACUGGAUGAGUGGAGAACUGAUGGGAAAAUCUGGAAUAUUUCCCAAAACAAAUACAGCCCAACACACAAAAACACGGAGCGUGGAUGGUUAAGAGACAACAGCUGCCAGAAGAUCAUAGACAAAGUCCUGUUAAAAAAUAAAACAAAACAGGAGAAAUGCUAACAACUACUGUAGGCAAAGUUUAUACUAAAAAAAUUAUUCUUGUUGAAACUAUAGAGUGUAGAUAAACCAUUCAGUUUGACUGCACUUUGUGUCAAGCAGUUUAACCAGUGCCAUUUUUCCAACAUUUGCUCAUUUCCUACCUGUAUCACUUUGGCAAUUCUUGCAGUACUUCAAACCCUCUACCAGCAAGACUCUGAAUCACUGAAGAUUCAUAUGAUGUUCAGCAUUUUUUAGCAAUAAAGUAUUUUUAAAUUAAUGUAUGCAUUUUUUUUAAAGACAGUGCUAUUGUACACUUAAUAGAUGAUGUAACUUUUACAUGCACUGGGUAACCAAAACAUUCCUGAGACUCGGUCGUAUUGCUCACUUUAUUGAGGUGGUCUUGAACCAAACUCACAGUAUCUCCAAGGUACGCCUAUGCUGCAUACCUGAGACUGUUCUAUCAGACUAUUACCUAAUAUUUUAUAAAAUUAUUUUGACUUUGAAUAAACAAAUUAUUCGGGCUUUUAGCCAAAACCAGAAAGUGACUUGCAAGGGAAAGAAAAUUAUCAUCACAUUAGCAUUAGCAGUGCUUUAUGCCAGAAGAAAAUAGAAGUAAUAUAAUUAAGACGCUCAAAGAGUAAGCUGAGGAUUUUAGAUCCAAUACAAGUGACUUUCAGGUAUAAAGCAAAUGACAAUUGUAUUAACAUACAAGAACUCAGAAAAUGAACUUCCUGAGCAAUCAACCAAAAAAGCACCUUCAACAAAAAAACUAUAGAGCAGUCAGCUUAAGGAUUGAAAGUGGGCACUACGAACAUACCUCUGUAGCACUGAGACCAUGUAAGGGCUGAGGGAAAAGCUCUGGCCAUGUGUGCAAGCAGUGUUUACACAGCACUAUAGAUGUGGUGGCCCGUGUGCUAAGAAGGUUUGAAACUGCUGAGUUGGUGGUGGUGGUAUUUUGAGGCUUAUGCAUGCCAUGUGGGAUAACGGUGGGAUAUUCCCUCAGCCAGUGUGCCACUGAGAACCUCCUUGCCUUUCCCAACUGUGACAAGCCAUUCUCUUUCCUUAGCUCAGGGCCCUUUCUCCAUCCUCAGAGGAUGGAGCAACACUGGGCGGUCCUCCCACUGUGUUAUAACCACUUCUGCCUCAAACUUCUGCAUUUAAGAAUUUGUAUAAUUAGGCUCAGUCCAGUAAUCUAGCAUACUCCCCUGGCAGUCUUUCCUGCUCUCACGUUAACGGUGCUGCUCAACUGUACACAUUAAAGCAAAAGCCAGUUUCAAAUCAAGAGUUGGUUUUGCUAUUUCAGUCAUGCCCUGACAUAAAGGUCUUCAGUAACUCCUUUUUGAAGAUUCAAAAUGUAUAUCCCUGGUUACAAAACAGUUCUGGGUACAAUCAAGUAGAGAAAGGCCAUUUGUUAAUAUCUACAUAUCACAUAUAUGAUACUAAGUGGGAAACUUACAAUCACCCCUUAUAGUCUUUCCUUUUUAUUAUAUGGAUGUUAACCACCUUCAUGGUGACCUAUGGGAAGGUAACUUAAACACAUUAUCAGACCAAACCAUUUUUUUAAAAAACAUUAUUUUUGGAAGCGUUUUCACAUGAACCCUUCUAAAUGAGAACCAUGCCAAGCCCUACUCAAGAGAUGUAGCAAACUGGAGCUUCGUUGGCCAUAUCUUACUGGAUGAUGUCCAGCAUGAAGCAGCAAGCCACCACUUCUCCAUUCCUGGUCCCCACCUUGAAUGAUCACUCUAUAGACUCAACUCCUAACUUCUACCUUGGAAAGGAAGCACCUGUCACUUCAGACCCAAAUCUACAACUGUUUCCUACUGAAAACAUGUGCUUCUUCAGUAAGGGAAUGCCAUUCAUUCCGUUUGAGGGCCAUUUAAGUGAGGAACCCGAAAUGUAGUACUUGGGUGCAACUUCAAAAACAACAGAAUGAUCUUUGUUUCCAAGGCAAAC